AUGUACCGCGGCCGGGGACAGAGAGGCUUCCCCAGACCCACACACGGACCACGGCCUCCAUACGGCGCUGGCUACCCUCCUACAGACACCCGGGGGGGCCCUGCGGACUCCCGGGGACCUCCACCGGACUCCCGCGGGCACUAUGGCCAGCCCAGGAGCUCCACUGCCCCACGAGAGCGCUCGCUUUCUCCACGAUCUGGUCUGGUCAUCACCGUGGGCAACGAAAGGGCCAAUCACAGCACAGACAGGACCAAGAGCAGAGGACGCAGUAAGUCACGGGGGCGCAGCCAAUCACGGACCCCCGAGAGAAGUAAGAGGCGGAGCAAGGGCCGUGUCCAGUCUCGGUCCCUGUCCAGAUCCCGAUCCCAAUCCAGAUCUAGGUCUCAAUCAAGGUCCAGCUCUCGUGGGCGAAGCUACAGCAAAGGGGGCAGGGCUCGCAGUAAGAGUCGUUCCAGCUCUGACGGCUCGGCGAGGAAACGUGUUCCACAACCAACAAAGUCCAUUCUGAAGAGACGUGUGGACUCUGACGACUCCCCCUCCGUCAGGAGCCUGGACUCUCCUCGAGCCCCCCCUCCCUCAGACUCUGUUUCCAAGAUGGCAGAUCAGCUGGUGGCGGCAGUGCGUGGCCUGCAGCCCUCAGCGGUCGCAGCCAUGUUGGCUCAGCUGAAGGCAGACCCUCACAUGGGGGAGGCAGAGUUUCGGCAGAUCGUGGCGUUGUUAGAGUCCCGCACGGCGGAGGCUAAACCCACCACCAAACGAGAAGACAUUGACGAUGAAGAGCUAUUUCUGUAUGGAGACUCUGAUGCCCCGCCCACUGGCUCUGAUCCGCCAAUCAGAAACCAGGACGUAUACGGUGAUGUCACAGAGGACGACCUGUAUGCAGACCUACAGCCCACAACUGCUGCUCAAGAGGCCAGGGUCCCUCCGGGCACCGAGCCCCUGGCCCCUGGAGAGCGCCAGGCCCUAGAGGAGUAUGAGAAGGUCCAGGACCUGCUGCAGACUAUCGGUCUGGAUCUGGACGUCACUGACAUCUCAAAGAUGGCCGCCAGGACCAAGGAGCGUCUCCAAGGCAACCGGCCGACCAAGUCACCUGCACGCCAACGCCACUACUCCUCCUCCGACAGCUCACGGUCAAGGAGCACCAGUCCCAGUCACAGCCGCAGUCGGAGUUACAGUCCCAAACAAGGCAGAGAAUCCAGGGACCAGAGUCGGGACCAGCCAACACCUGAGGCUGUUCCCCCUGUGGCCCCCCCUGCACAUGCCCAGAUGACCCUGCCCUACCCCCCCACUCAGGCCCAUGGGAUGAUGCCCCCCUACCCUCCCCCUGUGUACCCUCCUCAGUACAGCAGCUACAUGGGGUACCCCCCUCCCCCACAGUGGCCUCCCAUGUACCCCCCACCCGCCAUGCCCUAUGGCCACUACCCAGAUGGAGACAAAGAUUGUACCUUCAACGAUGAACAGAACAACGAGAGCCAGAAGCAGAAGGUCCUGGAGGAGCGGGAGAAACUCAAACAGGAUCGAGACGUGAGGAUGAAGAAGAAGGAGUACCUGAUGAAGGAGCUGGAGCGCCUCCGCAAACAGCAGGGGGAGCUGUUGAGGAAGAAGCGGCGUGAGAAGGACGGCCACAAAGACCCCCUGCUGCAGGAAAUCAGCCGUCUGCAAGAGGAAGUGAUGUCCCAGAUCUCAUCCCUGCGGCGGGAACAUGAGGCUGCAGAGAAGAAGCGGACGGAAAUCGAGAAGGUGGCGGUCAUUUUUGGCCUGAACCCGGGUGACCGACAACGAAAAUCUACAGAGAGGGAACCGCCGAGCAAGAAGAGGAGAGACAGGAGCCCAGAGAGGAGAGACCGGACUCCCGAGAAGAGAGACCGGACCCCCGAGAGGAGACGCAGCAGUGCCAAGUCUCCUGAAAAAUCACCCAUACCCCCUCGGAAGACCACGCCCCCUCGGAAGAACGCCCCCUCAGAAGACCACGCCCCCUCAGAAGACCACACCACCUCAGAAGACCACACCACCUCGGAAGGCGGCCACACCCCCGCCCCCUGUGGUGGAAGAGCCAUUUGA